GAGGGAGGAGGAGUUAAAGUUCAGUCUAACCAGAGCCCUGAGUAGCUCCUCUCUCUCCUGCACUCUCUCUCCGAGGUGCAAGUCUGUCUUUCUCCUGCACCCACUUCAUCUCCACAUCGGUCUUGGCUGUGACCCAUCACUACAGUCAUGGCACCCAAAAAGAACAAGGCGGCUAAGAAGAGCAAAGCCGAUAUCAACGAGAUGACGAUCAUGGUCGAGGACAGCCCCUCCAACAAAAUCAACGGGCUCAACACGCUCCUGGAGGGCGGAAACGGCUUUAGUUGCAUCUCCACCGAAGUCACCGACCCCGUCUAUGCACCAAACCUCCUGGAGGGUCUGGGCCACAUGAGGCAGGACAGCUUCCUCUGUGACCUCACGGUAGCAACCAAAUCCAAGUCCUUCGACGUUCACAAAGUAGUGAUGGCAUCCUGCAGCGAGUACAUCCAAAACAUGCUCCGGAAGGAUCCGUCUCUAAAGAAGAUUGAGCUCAGUGAUUUAUCCCCAGUUGGUUUGGCUACAGUCAUCACUUAUGCCUAUUCUGGAAAACUGACCCUGUCUCUAUACACCAUCGGCAGCACUAUAUCUGCAGCCUUGCUCCUCCAGAUCCACACUUUGGUGAAAAUGUGUAGUGAUUUCUUAAUGCGGGAGACUAGCGUGGAGAAUUGCAUGUAUGUGGUCAACAUUGCCGACACGUACAAUCUAAAAGAGACGAAGGAAGCUGCUCAGAAGUUCAUGCGAGAGAACUUCAUUGAGUUCUCCGAGAUGGAGCAGUUCCUCAAACUCACCUACGAGCAAAUCAACGAGUUCCUCACAGACGACUCACUUCAGUUGCCUUCAGAGCUCACGGCUUUCCAGAUCGCAGUCAAGUGGUUGGAUUUUGAUGAAAAGAGGUUGAAGUACGCUCCUGAUCUGCUGUCCAACAUCCGUUUUGGCACCAUCACCCCCCAGGAUCUUGUUAGUCACGUGCAGAACGUUCCCAGGAUGAUGCAGGAUGCCGAGUGCCACCGUUUGCUGGUCGACGCCAUGAAUUACCACCUGCUGCCGUUCCAGCAGAACAUCCUUCAAUCCCGGAGGACCAAAGUUCGUGGAGGUCUCCGAGUUCUGCUUACUGUUGGCGGACGGCCUGCGCUGACCGAAAAGUCUCUCAGCAAGGACAUUCUCUACAGGGACGAGGAUAAUGUCUGGAACAAGCUGACGGAGAUGCCUGCUAAGAGCUUCAAUCAGUGUGUGGCCGUUUUGGACGGUUUCCUUUACGUGGCUGGAGGAGAAGACCAGAAUGAUGCAAGAAACCAGGCAAAGCAUGCAGUCAGCAAUUUCAGCAGAUACGACCCCCGAUUCAACACGUGGAUCCACCUAGCCAACAUGAUUCAGAAGCGUACUCAUUUCAGCCUCAACACCUUCAAUGGUCUGCUCUUCGCCGUCGGGGGCCGUAAUUCUGACGGCUGCCAGGCGUCUGUCGAGUGCUACGUCCCAUCCUCAAACCAGUGGCAAAUGAAAGCCCCAAUGGAAGUCCCUAGAUGCUGCCAUGCCAGCUCAGUUAUUGAUGGCAAGAUCUUGGUUAGCGGUGGUUACAUUAACAACGCCUACUCUCGAGCCGUCUGUUCCUACGACCCAUCCACUGAUAGCUGGCAGGAUAAAAACAGCCUGAGCAGCCCGAGAGGAUGGCACUGUUCGGUGACCGUCGGAGAUCGUGCUUACGUGCUCGGCGGCAGUCAACUGGGCGGACGUGGAGAGAGAGUAGACGUCUUGCCUGUUGAAUGCUAUAACCCUCACUCUGGCCAGUGGAGCUACGUUGCCCCCUUGCUGACGGGAGUGAGCACUGCAGGCGCUGCCACCUUGAAUAACAAGAUCUACCUCUUGGGCGGCUGGAAUGAGAUUGAGAAGAAGUACAAGAAAUGCAUUCAGGUUUAUAAUCCUGAUCUUAACGAAUGGACUGAAGAUGACGAAUUGCCAGAGGCUACGGUUGGUAUCUCGUGUUGUGUCGUCACCAUCCCCACACGCAAAACACGAGAGUCGAGGGCCAGCUCGGUGUCAUCCGCACCAGUUAGUAUAUAAGCAGAGAGAGAGAGAGAGUGGUGGGUAAAUGUAUUUGAGUUGCUAAAGGUCAAUUUAUACUUCUGCGUCAAGUAGGUCCAGUGUUCUGACAAUCUGUGCUACCUCCUCAGAAUGUGCCAUGGGGAGCUCAAUCUAUCAUGUUUCAUUAAAAAAAUCUGAGGUAGCUAAUCUUGUCAGCUUCAAAUGUCUGUCAGAAUGAACAACCAUCUUAAAUAAGGGUGUAGGAACAGUGUAAGCUCAUCUUGUCAGCUUCAUCUGUCUAUCGCAAUGAACUACCACUUUCAGUAAGGGUGUAGGAACAGAGGUAGCACAUCUUGUCAGCUUCAAAUGUCUGUCAGAAUGAACUAUCACCUUAAAUAAGGGUGUGGGAACAGGGGUAGUGCAUUUUGAAAACUACUAAUGUCUAUCUUAAAUAACUACCACCUUUAAUAAGGGUGUAGGAAUAGGGGUAGGGCAUCUUGUCAACUUAAAUGUCUAUGGUAAUGAACUACCACCCUUAAUAAUGGUGUAGGAACAGGUGUAGCUCAUCUUGUCAGCUUUAAAGGUCUAUCUGAAGGAACAACCACCUUAAAUAAGGGGUAGGAAUAGGUGUAGUGCAUCUUGUCAGCUUCAAAUGUCUAUCGGAAUGAACUACCACCUUAAAUAAAGAUGUAUGUACAGGGGCAGCACAUCUUAGCAACUUCAUAUGUCCAUUGGAAUGAACUACCACCCUAAAUAAGGGUUUGGGAACAGGGGUAGCUCAUCUUGUCAGCUUCAAAUGUCUAUCUCGAUGAACUACCACCUUAAACAAGGGUGUAGGAACAAGGGUUGCGCAUCUUGUCAGCUUCAAAUGUCUAUCCGAAUGAACUAUCACCUUAAAUAAGGGUGUGGGAACAGGGGUAGUGCAUUUUGAAAACUACUAAUGUCUAUCUUAAAUAACUACCACCUUUAAUAAGGGUGUAGGAAUAGGGGUAGGGCAUCUUGUCAACUUAAAUGUCUAUGGUAAUGAACUACCACCCUUAAUAAUGGUGUAGGAACAGGUGUAGCGCAUCUUGUCAGCUUUAAAGGUCUAUCUGAAGGAACAACCACCUUAAAUAAGGGGUAGGAACAGGGGUAGUGCAUCUUGUCAGCUUCAAAUGUCUAUCUCAAUGAACUAACACCUUAAACAAGGGUGUAGGAACAAGGGUUGUGCAUCUUGUCAGCUUCAAAUGUCUAACGGAAUGAACUACCACCUUAAAUAAAUGUGUAUGAACAGGGCAGCACAUCUUGUCAACUUCAAAUGUCCAUCGGAAUGAACUACCACCUUAAAUAAGGGUGUAGGAACAGGGGUAGUGCAUCUUGUCAACCUCAAAUGUCUAUUCGAAGGAACUACCACCUAAAAUAGGGAGUGUAGGAUCAGGGGUUACGCAUAUUGUCAACUUCAAAUGUCUGUCAGAAUGAACUACCGCCUUAAAUAAGGGUUUGGGAACAGGGGUAGCUCAUCUUGUCAGCUUCAAAUGUCUAUUUCAGUGAACUACCACCUUAAACAAGGGUUUAGGAACAGGGGUUGCGCUUCUUGUCACCUUUAAAUGUAUAUCGGAACGAACUAUCACCUCAAAUAAGGGUGUAGGAACAGGGGUAGUGCAUCUUGUCAACCUCAAAUGUCUAUCCGAAGGAACUACCACCUAAAAUAGGGAGUGUAGGAUCAGGUGUCACGCAUAUUGUCAGCUUUAAUGAACAGGGGUAGUGCAUCUUUUCAGCUUCAAAUGUCUAUCUCAAUGAACUACCACCUUAAACGAGGGUGUGGGAACAGGGGUAGCGCAUCUUGUCAGCUUCAAGGUCUAACUGAAUGACCUACCACCUUAAAUAAGGGUGUGGGAACAGGGGUAGCUCAUCUUGUCGGCUUCAAAUGUCUUUUGGAAUAAACUACCAUCUUAAAUAAGAGUGUAGGAACAAGGGUAGUUCAUUCAGUUACAUUUUUGAAGCUGACAAGAUGGACUACCCCUGUUUCCCUUAUUUAAGACGGUUGUUCAUUAAAUAAGGGUUUAGGAACAGGGGUAAUGCAUCCUGUCAACUUCAAAGGUCUAACUAAAUAAACUACCAUUUUAAAUAACGGUGUGGGAACAAGGGUAGCAUUGAGCAUCAAAGGUCUAGCUGAAUGAACUACCACUCUAAUAAACAAUGAACAAAUUUCAUAUAGUACACCCUAUAGACAUUUUAAAGGAUUCUACAUCCUUAUUUAGGGUUGUAAUUCAUUCAGAUAGACAUUUAAAACUACCCCUGAUUUUUUUUGAUGAAACAUGACUACCAUUAGCACAUUCUAAAGAGGUAGCAAAGAUCCGGCAAAGCUUCAUUACACACUUUAGUCGUGCACACUUCACCAUACCAAAUAAAUGCAACUACAUAUUUCUACAAUGUGGAAUGCAAGGUCUGUGAUUGGUCAGAUUUGGUAGAGAUGACAAAAUGUGGGCGGGGCCGACAGUUAUGAGAGCGAGGCAAGUGUUUAACAAGUGUCAAGUCCUAUGGAGGAGCACUGUAUGGAUACGUUUGUUUUGUUUACUCUAUGAUUAAAGUUGUUAAACGUU